UCGCGCCGUCCCGCCGACGGCCAGAAAGCUCCAAGCCACAUUAUUUCCCAGUCACUGCUGCAGAAGCAUCCGGGCGAGCUGGUUUCCGCCGCGAGGCUGCGAUUUUCUUCUCUCGCUGUUGCAGCAGCCGCCCCUCCUCUUCUUGUUGCGCCCCCCUUCCUGUUGUCACCAUGAUGGCAGAGUUUCCUCAGCCGCCCCGGUGGCUUUUGUUACUUACUGUAGCUUUAGGGGUGAUGCGAACGGAGCCCUCCUUCGCUGUAGCAGGGGAUGCGGCCCCGCCGGGCAAAAUAGCUGUGGUGGGAGCUGGGAUUGGUGGCUCAUCGGUGGCUUACUUCCUGCAGCAGCACUUUGGGCCGCAGGUCCAGCUGGACGUGUACGAGAAGGCUGCCGUAGGGGGUCGCCUGGCCACAGUGACAGUCAACAAGCAGUCCUACGAAAGUGGAGGGGCCUUCUUUCACUCUCUCAACUUGCACAUGGAGGACUUUGUGCAGCAAUUGGGACUGAAGCACCGUCGGGAAGUGGCAGGAAAGAGUGCCAUCUUUACUGGGGAACAGUUUGUCCUUGAGGAGACAGACUGGUACCUGCUCAACCUUUUUCGGCUUUGGUGGCACUAUGGCAUGAGCUUUCUGCGUCUACAAAUGUGGGUAGAGGAAGUAAUGGAGAAAUUCAUGAGGAUCUACAAAUAUCAGGCCCAUGGCUAUGCAUUCUCUCACCUUGAGGAACUGUUGCGUUCACUGGGCGGUGACACCUUCGUCAACAUGACACAGCGCUCUGUGGUGGACUCCUUGCUGGAGGUGGGUGUCACUCAACGCUUCAUCGAUGAUGUCAUCAUGGCCAUUCUCCGGGCCAAUUAUGGCCAGUCAGUACUGGUGCCUGCAUUUGCAGGGGCCAUGUUACUAGCAGGAGCUCAAGGCAACAGAUGGGCUGUUGAAGGUGGCAACAAGCUGGUGUGCUCAGGCUUACUGAAGCUAACAAAAGCCACGAUCAUCCAUGCCACGGUGACAGCUAUCUCUCUGCACAGUUCAGAAGGAAAAACCCUCUACCAAGUGCACUAUGAAGAUGAAGAAGGUCCAGGUUCCAACUUCUAUGACAUAGUGGUCAUUGCCACUCAGCUGCAUGACAGCAAGAACAAUAUUACGUUUCAGAAUUUUGAUCUUCCUAUUGCUGAGUUCCCUGGAACCUUUCACACCACGGUCACCUCCAUUGUUCAUGGCUACCUCAAUUCCUCAUACUUUGGCUUCCCAGAUCCCAAGCUUUUCCCUUUUGCUAGUGUCCUCACCACAGAAGCUCCUGACCUCUUCUUCAAUUCCAUGGAUAAUAUUUGCCCUGUCAAUAUAUCUAGUAUCUUCAAGCGAAAGCAGCCCCAAGAGGCUGCUGUGUGGCGUGUACACUCUCAGCAUCCUUUGGAGAAGCAAGAGUUGAAGAUACUAUUCCGGUCUUACUAUUCUGUUCAGGUGACAGAAUGGCAAGCCUAUCCUGAUUAUGGAUCAGUCAAGAGCCUCCCACCUAUUAUCCUGCAUGACAGUCUCUACUACCUCAACAGUAUGGAGUGGGCAGCCAGCUCCAUGGAAAUGUCUGCUGUGGCAGCCAAAAAUGUGGCUCUCUUAGCCUACAAUCGGUGGAAUCACAAUGUAGAGAAAAUAGACCAGAAAGACUUAAUGCACAAAGUGAAGACUGAGCUGUGAACUUAGCAAGCACUGUGAGACAAGACUUUAUUGCAUGCAGAGUGAGGGGGGUAUUCAAGGCUACUGUAGUGCCCUUCCCUGACCUGCUGUGUUCCAGUUAUAUUGAAUUCCCAGUCAAUGUAGUAAGAGAUUCUGGGAGUUGUCCCCACAGAUUCCCAAAGCCUCCAAGUUAAGGAGGGUUGCACUGCAGAUUUAACGGAAGUAAAGCAGAGCACUAACAAAUAUGUGUAUUUAUACAUGCAUCUGUUAUCUGUGGUCAUGGCAGCCCCUUUAGCAUAGCAUCGCUCUGUUUCAAGGAGUUUGUGAAUUAAUGUCUCGGUCUAUCUAGUUAUUCAGGGUUCUUAGAUAAUUUUGGAAGAGAAUUGAAACUGAAUAGCGUCAGAUUGCAUUUGGGGUCUCCUUACCUGCUAAAUCAUUCAUAUAGCACAGUUGUGCAUAUCGCCCAACAGGCUACAACUCUGGAUUGAAAUUUCCUUCUUGUAUCUCCAGCUGCAGUCUUCCCAAAUAAUUUAUAUUGGACUUUCUUCUUGUGCUUCAGCCCCUAAGCUAAAGGAAAUGUCACUUUUGGGGGCAUAAGACCUUUAUGAUUCCUUAGUUUUCCUGGCAUCCCAAGUUCUGUGCUCCCUUAGUUUAUUACAAAGCCCCAUGAACUUAUAUCAAGUGAUGAUGAAGCAAAGGACCUUGCAUUGGAACGUUGGACCAUGAGAAAAGCUAAAUAGCCUAAUGAAUCAUGCAACUUUUUACCCACUAGCCUGAUAAACUUAUAUGCGCACAACUAAUGGCUGAUCUGAAGUUGCCUUGUCAGCCAUCCCAUGGAGAUGGGUUUUUUUCCUGCAUCAAAACAGAUUGAGCCUGCUGUCCUCCAGCAUUUGGUUAAAAAAUAUUUCCUUGAUUUCUAAACCAAGAGAAACCACUGAACUGAUAUUCAGAAAUUUUCCAGAGUAGAUUCCACAAUACACUAGCCAUUUGGUUGUGUUGAUCCUGCAAAUCCUGAAAGAGUGUGUGAAUUGG